GUCAGCUGCAGGAUGCACUGAGGGAAUAAAAAGAGGGAGGGUGAGGUGAGCUGCAUCUGCAAACAGGCUGAACGGAGGCACAGGUGCAUCAAAGAUGGAGUGGUUUAAAGUUGUUGGGUUUGCUAUGUGUGUCCUCGUACCCACCGCUCACUGCGCAUCGCAAUCUAUAGCCUGGUGUUAUCACCUCCCAUCCUGCAAUGACACAACCUGGCCAACACUUUCCUCCCAGUAUUGCAACGGCACCCGACAGUCACCCAUUGACAUCGUCUCAGCAUCUGCCACACCGAACGACAACCUGAGUGAAUUCACUUUUGUGAAUUACAACGACACCUCCGCAAUGACAUCCAUAGAAAAUACUGGCGACACAGUCAAAGUGACCCUUAAGAGCGGAGUUAAGAUUUCAGGAGGGGACCUGUCAGACCAAUACGACAGCCUCCAGUUUCACUUGCACUGGGGCAACGGCUCCUCUGUGCCCGGCUCAGAGCACACAGUAGAUGGAAAGCGUUAUCCUAUGGAGCUGCAUAUUGUGAACAGCAAGUCAUCCUACAACAGGAAUACAAAUCUAGCCGUUAAUGACUCCACCGGACUCGCAGCUCUUGGUUUCUUCAUUGAGGUAAUGCCAGGUAGCUCAACUGGCCAGCCACAAAGCUGGCGCAGUUUGACCUCUUACUUGGCCAACAUCACACAAAAAGGGCAGAAAGUUUCGAUUGCAGCCGGGUUUUCCCUGGACGACCUGCUCGUUGGUGUGGAUCGCACUAAGUAUUACCGCUACCUUGGAUCCUUGACGACCCCCGCUUGUAACGAGGCGGUGGUCUGGACCGUUUUUAAGGAACCAAUUAAAGUCAGCAAAGAUCUGAUUGACCUCUUCAGCACCACACUGCACUUCAACGACAGCACGUCACAACUCAUGACAAAUGUCUACAGAAGCCUGCAGCCAGCACAGCAAGUCUGGACUCAGAGCAUCAAGGCCUCCACCACCACAACCUGCUUCUCCCUGAGCCUGCUACUUCUCAGUCUUGCACUGGGCUGGAGUUGGAGCUAAAAUAGAAAGAGGACAUUGUCAACAAACUUUGCCGAUCAACCCGUUGCCUCCCUUCAGCACAUGCGUUCUUUCCCUAUUUAAUUAAAACUGACCUUUAUGUUUCACAUAAUCAUGAAAAGUGUAAAGAAUAAUUUAUUAAGGUGAGGGCUACUUAUCUCUGCUAUUCUUGAUUAUGGCUACCUGCUACAAAGCUUUAACCUGUUGUCAGAUUUAUGUCUGUAUGCAUGCAGGCACCUCAUGCUUGCAAAGUUUACUUUAAGCAAUGACAUGCACAAGUUUUCAUUUUGCGAGGCCAAGACGGUCUGAACAAUUGAAGCAUGUUCCACGUCCGCGUUGAGCUGCCAGAGCUACACUUGGGUGACAAAGGGAUGCACCUGCACUAUUUACAGUGUAGUUCUGGUAGUUAUGAAAUCCAGCAUUAUAAGAAUGUGUCACUAUCUGAUGACACGUGAAGAUAUGCCUUGAUGUUGGCGUGUGCACAUAGUUUAGUUUACCAAACGGUGAUUGAAGGAUCAGGGGACUGUUUUGUCCUUGUUAUUUUUUGUAUUGAUUUUGAACUAUUGUAAACUUUAUUCUGGCUCCAUCAGUGCAGCCACUACUGUAAUUAAAGUGGAAAAACCCACAAAAUGGAAAAAGAAAAGAUGCUGAUUCUUUUAUGAAGGCUUUGUGUGCAACUUUCCCAGGUGAACAGAAUAAUUUCUCAGUGAUGCACAUUGUUUAUGUCCUUAAUACCGUACUGUAUUGCUUGAACAUGAAGAAAACUGUGACUUUCCUGGUCUUAUUAAAUGACAAUUAAAAUUAUUCAUGACUGUU